CUGAACAUUCAGCCACAGCCACGACGCAGCGCAGAGCCAGCGGGCUGAUGCACGCGAAUGGACUUCAUCCUCAAUCUCCCCUCCUCGCCGCCCUUCGCCGCCGGCAUCCCCUUCCACAGGCGACUUAUCGCCUCUCGCGGCCGCGGUGGCGGCGCUCCUGGGCUCGCCGGCGAUGCACGGCCCCCGUUCUCCGCCGGGCGCAUCUCAACCGCUUCUUCAUCUCCGCCGCUUUUCAGAAGGCAGGGAAGCAAGAGAACAGGGUCAGUGGAUCCAAAAGUGAUUGAAAAUGAGGCAGAAUGCAUUGUCAGCGGCAGCCUGACUUCAUCGAGGAGAUUCAAGUGGAGCAAAGACAGGAACAAGUUCCUCACCAAUUACUUGAUGCAACAGGCUUCAGGUGCCAAGGGAAAAGAUGCAUUGUUCAGGGAGGAUACCCUGCGAGAAGCUGCAGAGGCUGUUUCUCAGCGGUUUCAGCGGCAGUGCAGUGUUGAUGAUGUACAGAGGAGGUUGACAGCUCUGAGGGAGAAAUGGCAAAGGAUAGAGAAUAUGAAGGCCCUUGGUUCUGCGUCAUGGGAUCAUACCACUAGGAUGAUAAACAUGCGAGAAGCGGACUACCAGCAGUAUGCCAUGGAUCACCCCAAGGAUUCAGGGAUGCUGAAUAGGCCUAUUGAGGAUUAUGAUGAGCUUCCUUCCAUCUUCAGUGAUGAAUAUGAUCCAUCAGCAGAUGGAAUUCAGUUGAAAAAGGGCCAGAAUGCCCACUCUGAUGAUACUAAGGUAUCUGAAGAUCCCAUGGAGCAGAAGAUAGCUAAUGAGGACAUCCACUACUUAGUUCUUAAGAUUGGGGAGUUAAUAGAUGCUAUAAAAAGCUUAAAGCCCAGAGACUUUGCUGACGACUUGUGGAAAGCAGUUACAGCUUGCGGUUAUAACGACAGGAUGUCAAUCACUGCGUUUGAGUAUUUUCUGAAGAACGAGGUUGAAGGGAAGAUUUUCCUUGUGCGUAGCCCAGAUCUUCGAAAGGAAUGGUUAGCUAAGUUCUUCUCUAGCCUUAUGUAAUCAUUCUUUAUUUGUUCUAUCCAACAGUUUAGUUCAGUAUUUUGAGUUUAGUUUUCUUUUCAUUUGGAACCACACUUCAAAUGACGAGCAUCAUUGUGGGAACCCUUAAAGCUGUAUCUGUACGAACAGAAGGCUUAGUAUAGAAGAAGAAUGGUAAGAUGAGAUAAGAUGGUCUGAUUUUUAUUU